GUGUUAAAAUUAUUGCACACAAUUUCUUCGGCUGACAUUCGAAUUUUCCAAUUAUGUCGGCUAAAAGGGAGUUUUCGCAUAUUACUUUGGCAUCCACACCAUUUAAAAAAAGAAUCGAUCAGAAUUCGUUAAAAACCGACUCGGAUAUUGAAAAAGACACAAAUAUCGCACACAAAUGCGCUGAACGGUUCAACUACAAUACAAAUCUUCACAGAAAAGUGACGUUGAGCGAUCGUUUCGAGUUGGCAGCCCUUGGAUACGAAAUGAAAGCAAAGCCGAGAACAAUCAUCGAAAAACAUAAUGACUGCGACGAGUUUCAUUUUAUCUAUAGAAAAGAAAAGAAGAAUGAUUAUGGAACUGGCUCACCACUUUCAGCCGGAUUGAGCCUAUCUAAUCCGUUGCCAGCUGGACGUGGAUUCCUCUCUCCAGCGAUUCAGAAUACCAGCAACCAGUUCACCUUUUCUGGAAGUCCAAGAAUUACCCCCCAGAAGCACACCCCAGUAUCGGCCAAUCACAAGCCAGCCAGAUCCAUUUUCGACGACAUUCCUUCGAAUAUUGCAUAAGUUUUCACUGUUAAUUUACUGUUUUUACUGUUUCAUCUUGUUUUGAGUUUAUAAAAAUGAUGUUUCGUUGAAUUCAAAAAUUUUAUAAAUUACAUUUUAAAAAUAACGACAUAAAGUUAAAGUUC